AUGCCGAAUCGCACGCAAGUAACAGUGCAGAACGUCCAAUCCAUGGAUGAUUUGAGGACGGUGUUUCAUCUCCCAAUCAACGACGCCGCAAAGAAGUUGGGCUUAUGCGUGACGGUUCUUAAACAGAAAUGCCGAGAGUUUGGCAUCGUGCGCUGGCCGUUUCGAAAGGUGAAGAAGAUUGACAUGCUGAUUAAACAACUCGAAGAGGAGAAGGAGAAGGUUGUAUCAUCAUCAUCGGUAUCGGGAAAAGAAGAGGAACCCCCCCGAGGACUUAAAGAACAACAAGGAGAAGAAAGGGGAGGAAACUUUGUCGUCGUCGGCGCGCCGACGCGAAAAGUGAUUUUGGAAGACAUUGAAAAUCGUCUCCAAGAGAUGCUCAAAAUGCGCGACGAACUAUACGCAGAUCCGAAUUCGAACAUUCACUUGUUACCAAACUCUACUGGUAGUGCGAUUAACUCGAACGGUGGUUUGACCGCAGAGAAAAGAGGCGAGAGUAACAAUACUCGAUCGCCGUCGCGCCAACAGGCGAAAGCCGCGAAAGCGGCUGCCGCAGCAAACGCAGUGCAGAAACACCAGCUGCAACUUCAAGAGAAAAGUACCGAGAAAGACGACGACGAUAACGGUGCGGAGAAAAAGAAGUCAACUACUGCGACGGUGGCGACGAAUACUGAGAUGAAAAUUGCUGAAAGUACGCAUACUUCUCAGGAAUCUGAUGAAAGAAGGGCGGACGUCGUCCAAAUCGACGACGAAUUUUCUCUCAGCGCCCCCACCGAGGAAGAGAAGAAAAAGAAGGGAAAGUCGUUCUCUACUGGUAGACUGUGGCAACGAAAGGAAAGAGUCAUCGAAAAGGCAACGGCGGCUACGCCUACGCGACCGACGUUGAAGCGACAAGGUUCGAACAGUUGUUCUGGAAAAGACAGCGGGUUACUGUUUGAUGCGUUGCUCGACGCGGCAACCGCUUUGGACACCACGAAGAAAAACGGCGGUAAAGGUGAACAAGUCAGUGGUGACGAGAACAAGAACGUCAUCAACAACAGCGACGACUACGAAUGGGGCAGAAAUACUGAGAACGAGGCUGGUCAAGAUGAAUCGAUCAUCGGUUCGCCGAGAAAAGUUCGCAGAAGUUGCGAUGUACAACGCUCGGUUCGGCCGCCGUCCUCGGACAUAUCUCGAGAGAAGAAGGGUCUCGAACCUCGUCCAAAUUCUGCUCCACUCAAUAUGAACAACAUUUCUGAAGCAGAUGUAGCGGCAGCAUUCUAUCAGCAAAUGCAGUUGCAACAUGUUCAAAAUACUGCCGCAGCUGUGGCAGCUAUGCAAGCGGCUAUGGCCACGUCUAUGAACCCAUCUCAGCAGUCGAUUCCGCUGAUGUAUCAAGUCCCGUACUCGUUACAAUACAUGAAUCUUAAUUCAAAUAUGAUGCAGGUGCAAUGGGCGGAGAUGAAUAAAAACAUCAACGCGACCGCCGCUACUGCUACUAAUACCGCUGGAAUGAGUUUGCUUGAGCGUCGUGCGGCUGAAGCUGCGGCUUCUAUUGGUGGUGGAAAUGUUGCAAUGCCGCCGUCGUCGUUGGAUUUGAAAAUACCGACGGCUUCGAGAGAAGGUUCUACGCACUCUGGUACAUACUUUCCGUAUUACGGCGGCGGAAUGUAUUCGCCGCGACAAUAUCAUCAUUAUCAACAACAACAGAUGAUGUCGAUGCCGGUUCUAGAUCAAUCAGCUGCGAGUGACGGUAAUAGCUCCUUGGAGACGGGCGGCGUUUACACCGCCGAAGACAAAAACAUCCGCGGAAGCGGCGUUGCAUCGCCUUCGAGUAUAGGAGCCUUUCCGAGUUCUAACCGCGUGAGUUUUGAGGAUAUGACGGAGCACCCCUCUCCAAUAUCUCCGACGAACACGACGGCGGGAAUUCAUCGCCCGGUCGCUCUGAAAAGAGGCCACUUGGAAUUGCAAAGCAAUCAGUUUAUUUGA